AUGGGGAGAGCUCCAUGUUGUGACAAGGCAAAUGUGAAGAGAGGUCCAUGGUCUCCUGAUGAAGAUGCAAUGCUUAGAGAUUACAUAGAGAAACAAGGCACUGGUGGCAAUUGGAUUGCUCUCCCUCACAAAGCUGGUUUAAGGAGAUGUGGGAAGAGUUGCAGACUGAGAUGGUUGAACUAUUUGAGACCAAACCUAAGACAUGGAGAUUUCACUGAGGAAGAAGACAAGAUCAUCUGCAGUCUCUUUGCCUCCAUUGGAAGCAGGUGGUCAGUGAUAGCAGCUCACUUGCCUGGUAGAACUGAUAAUGACAUCAAGAACUAUUGGAACACCAAGCUCAAGAAGAAGAUCAUUGCCACUAUGGCUCCUCCACCACCUAAUCACCUCCUAGCCAUUGCUUCGUCAUUACCAUCAUCAUCGUCGUCACAAUACAACAUGAUCAACAGUUCUCUUCCUUAUGACCCAUCAAUAUCUACAAACGACCUGAUCACACCACAUGAGGGGAUGAUGAUGACAAUGAUGGAUCAACAACUAUUAUUCCAAGAAGACAUGGGCAAUUUGGGAAACUCUCCAGGCAGUAACAACCUCAUAAUGAGCCAUCAAGAAGACAACCGAAAGCAAAGUACAAGCAAGGGAAUAUUGUUGUUAAGGGAUGUAAGAAGUGGGUCAUCAAGUACAAGAAGUACAGAAGCAAGAGUAAAGAGUAAACAUCAUGAUUAUCAUCAUGACGAGGAGGGGAGAUCAACUGAAGAUUAUGGGAUGGAGGAGAUCAAGCAAUUAAUAAGUAGUAGCUGUACAAGUAGUACUACUAAUAGCUUGUGGUUUGAUGAAAACAAGACAGAAGAUAAGUUCAUGAUGUACUAUUGAUCUCU